GUUCAGUCUGAGGCAUUCGUGCCAACGACUGUUAUUAGGUAUUUUCGUAAAUGAACUUUUCUGAUUUUUAAAGAUGUAUUUAGUUACUCACGCAAUUGUUCUUCUACUGGGAAUAUGGUUGUGUGAUGCAGGCUACGGCUUGUCUGAACAAGAUGCCCUUUCCGACGUAGAAGCCCCUGCCUACGUUCCAGCUUACGCGAAAAACAAACAAUUUGGCACAAAAACCGGAUAUGGUGCAAGAACUGGUUACGGUACCAAAACUGGUUAUGGUACAAAAACGGGUUAUGGUACAAAAACGGGUUAUGGUACAAAAACUGGUUACGGUACAAAAACUGGUUACGGUACAAAAACUGGUUACGGUACAAAAACCGGACAUUCAGGAUAUUCGGAGUCUAAAACUUGGAACUCGCAGUCUGGAUCAGCCCCCACAUACCAGGAAUUGCAGAACAGUGCCAACCAGAUAUUUGCAGGUCCGAAAUGCGAGCCCACCUGCAAGAACAACGGCAUCUGCAUCGACACCAACACCUGCCACUGCCCGGCCAACUUCCAAGGGAAAUGGUGCGAGUUCGAGAAGAAACCCUGCCUGACGUAUCCACCUCUACCCAUGAAUUCCAUGAGGAAGUGCAAUGAUGAAUUGUGUACAAUAACUUGCGCCGAAGGCCACAAAUUCAUCGACGGGACAACGGUAGCGAAUAUGCGUUGUGUGGACGGCCAAUGGCAACCGACUCGAGCAGAUUUCUCGUCCAUACCCGACUGCGAACCGGAGUGCAACCCGCCCUGUCUGAACGGCGGCGUAUGUCUGUCAGUCAAUACUUGUCAGUGUCCGCAGGAGUACAGGGGGCCGCAGUGUCAGUACUCGACAUCGGCCUGCGAUUUCCGCAAGCUAGCAUUCAACGGCAACUACAAAUGCAAAGGCAACGACGAAGAAUUUUCCUGCCGCCUCAGCUGCCCGGUCGGUGCCACGGCUUCUUCCGCUUUUGCUGAACAGUAUACAUGUCUGUAUUCUACGGGGAUGUACUCGCCUCAACCGAUCCCGCAUUGUGUUUUCACCGAAGUCGUUGUUGUCACGCCCAGCAACUACCAUUCUGGAUACAGCAGUAACUACUACGAAACCUACUACCACAAUGGCAGCGAAAGCCAAAGCCACAGCAAAACCGGCUACGGGUACGGAAAACACGGUGGCUACCAGACCAGCCAUGGUUCAGAAACAGUGGAAUACGGCAAGCAGGGAGGCGGCACUAAGGGCACUAAUGUGCAUAUCGUUGUGCAGGACUUUACGCCCAAGGGCGGUACCUGUUUGACGUGGGCUGGGGUGCAUUAUAAGACGUUUGAUGGGAAAAUUUAUAGCUUCGCGUCCCCAUGUCAACACAUUCUAGUGCAAGACGCGAAGGAGCACGAAUUCACGGUGGCGGUGAAGCAGGGGACAUGUAAGAGGCGAGACUACUGUCCCUUGGAGCUGACCAUCUACUUAGAAGAGAAGCCCUACGUGUUGUCUGCAGGAGAAGAAGAAGGCACUGUGGUGUUCCGUAGUACACGCCGGCUGAUUCCGAUCCCCGCCUCGCUGCCGGGCAUUCGCGUCUCCAUGCCGGGCGACUACGUCGUUGUGAAUUUGGACGCUGUCGGUGUUGUCAUCAAAUGGGACACUAAUAACGUAGUACUCGUAGAAGGCUCAGUUCUUCUAUGGAACAACACCCAAGGUCUCUGCGGCCGACUGGACGGUAAUCCAGAGAACGACUUUACAACGAAAGAAGGCACCAUCGCUAAGACUAAAGCCGUGCUGGCUUCGUCUUGGCAGAUCAAGAAGAUCGGGGAUAUAUGCGACAGUUCGCCCUCGGAGCCAAACGCGUGCGCGACCAAAACUCAAGAGGAGUUGAGGAAAGCACAGCUGUUCUGCACCAACGUGUUCGUCAAGGAAAAGUUCAGGAAAUGCUCUAGCGUCAUGGACGUAACUCAGUUGCUCGAAACAUGCGUGUGGGACUACUGCGCCUGCACAUCCGGCUUAAGUCCGGAGGAGUGCGCUUGCAACACGGUGUCCGUUUACGCGAAGGAGUGCCAACGACUGGGUGUCAAGGAGAUGAAGGACUGGAGGGACGCUGAGACAUGCCCAAUGAAAUGCGCGGAAGGCAAGCUCUACAAAUCCUGCGGUCCCGACGUUCAGCCCAGCUGCCUGUUCCCCAACCCCUCCCCACCCGACGCUAAAACCUGCGUGGAGGGCUGCUUCUGUCCUGAAGGUCUACUUCUAGAAGCUGGCAAGUGUGUGCCUAAAGAACAGUGCCCUUGUCGGCUGAGGAAUAAGAGCUUUAAGCCUGGGAAGACGGUGAAAAAGGAUUGCAAUACUUGCACGUGCCAAGCCGGCGAAUGGACCUGUACUGCGGUCCCGUGCGGCGCCCGCUGCGGCGCCGUCGGGGACCCGCACUACACCACCUUUGACGGACUACGAUACGAUUUCAUGGGGCACUGCACUUAUACGUUGCUGCAGACCAAAAAUGUGACGGUUGAAGUGGAGAAUGUGGCGUGUUCUGGCAGUAUUAGUGAGGAAAUGAACCUAACUCCUUUCAAGGGCGAAGGCAAGCCGUCAUGCACGAAAGCCGUUAAUCUCAAGUACCACGGACUGGACCUGCACCUGAAACAAGGAGGCUUGGUGCUGGUCAACGGGAAGGAAGUGGCAACGUUACCGGUGCACGUUGGAGAUGUGUUGAUUAGGGCUGCCUCGUCGCUUUUCCUUAUUGUGCAACUUCCGAACGGAAUAGAUCUGUGGUGGGAUGGCAACACCAGAGUUUUUGUCGAUGUGCCACCAGCGUUCCACGACAAAACUAAGGGUCUCUGCGGAACCUUCAACCUGAACCAAAAAGACGACUUCCUCACGCCAGAGGGCGACGUUGAGCAGACCGCUCUCGCGUUCGCCAACAAAUGGAAGACCAGGGAACUUUGUACAGAUGUAGACGUGAAGGAACCAGAGCAUCCGUGCAAGACUAAUGUCCAGAAUAAAGAGUUUGCUGAGAAGUAUUGUAGCAAGUUGAAGAGCAAGUUAUUUGAACCCUGCCACUGGCACGUCUCAGUAGACCCGUACUACGACGAAUGCGUGUACGAUAUGUGCGCGUGCGCCGGCGACGCGUCCAAAUGUCUUUGCCCUAUCCUCGGUGAUUAUGCUAUGGCGUGCGCCAAAAGCGGAGUGGAGAUACAGUGGAGAUACAACGUCAAAGAAUGUGAACUGUCGUGUACUGGCGGGCAAGAAUACACCGUGUGUGCUGACAGCUGUCAGCGAACUUGCUCGGACGUGGCGCUGUCGGCGCGUGGACAAUGCAAGCCAUGUUGCGUGGAGGGUUGCGCCUGCCCCGUUGGUCAGGUGUUGGACAGCAACAAUGUUUGUGUGCCAGUGGGCCUAUGUCCCUGCUUCCAUAAGGGUAUGCAGUUCGAUCCCGCAUACAAAGAAGUCAGAGCUGGACGCAGAGAGAGGGAACUUUGCACAUGCGUUGGGGCGCGCUGGGAAUGCGUGCCAGCCACACCGUACGAUAUACAGAACUACCCGCCUGCUGAAGACUUGCGAAGCAAUUGCUCAGCUGCCAACCACAUGGAAUUUACUACUUGUGAAGUCGCUGAGCCGCUAACCUGCAAGAACAUGCACCUACCUCCCUCCACAACGACCAAAGAGUGUCGGCCAGGUUGCCAAUGCAAGAAGGGUUAUGUGUUAGACGCUAGCAGCAACAAAUGUGUGCUGGCUACGGAAUGCCCCUGCCACCACGGCGGGCGCAGCUUUCUUGACGGACAUGAGAUGCAGGAGGAAUGCAACAAAUGUAAAUGCACGAACGGCAAUUGGAUCUGCACCGAACUGCAGUGCCCGGGCAUCUGCUCCGCGUGGGGCGACUCGCAUGUGACCACCUUCGACGGCACGGAGUACGAGUUCGAGGGGGUGUGCACGUAUCUGCUGGCUAAGGGCAGUGCUGACGCGAGUGACGGUUUUGAAGUGCAGAUACAAAAUGCCCCAUGCGGCACAACUGGCGCGACCUGCUCUAAAACUGUCACCCUAAAAGUUGGCAACGGGAAGAACGAGGAAAUCGUUGAGCUUACCAAGGAUGCACCUCUACCCGACUUUUCUAAACUAGAAAGAAUAAAGCUGCGUAUCGCCGGUAUUUACGUGUUCCUAGAUGUGCCGAGCUUGGGAAUGAGCCUUCAGUGGGAUCGCGGCAUGCGUGUCUACGUUAAAGUGGACUCUAUGUGGCGUAGCAGAGUGAAAGGUCUGUGCGGCAACUACAACUCGGAUUCCCGUGACGACUUCGAAAAGCCGGAGGGCGGCAUUGCUGAGUCGUCUGUGCUGAUCUUUGCUGACUCUUGGAAGCUAAAACCAACUUGCCCCAAGCCUGUGGAAGUCGAGGACCACUGCCGCCAACGUCCCGAACGUAAAGACUGGGCCACCAGCUCCUGCGGCGCGCUCAAACGCCACCCCUUCACCCUCUGCCACACCGAGGUCCCCCCUACCCCCUACAUCGAGCAGUGCGAGCGAGACGCCUGCGCUUGUGAUUCGGGAGAUGAUUGCACGUGUGUGUGUACUGCACUGGCAGCUUACGCGCAUAGGUGUGCGAAUAGAGGGGUAGUUUUUAAGUGGAGGACUAAGGAUAGAUGCCCAAUACAAUGCGACGAAACUUGUGCCACCUACGACCCGUGCAUAUCGCCAUGUCCCGAGGAAACCUGCGAGAACACUUACUACUACAAGGAAAUACUGCCUAUCUGCCAACGAGACACUUGCGUUGAAGGUUGCAAACCAAAGCCAGAAGAAAAGAAACAGUGUCCAGAGGGACAAAUUUCCUUCAACAUCACCUCAAACGAGUGCGUAUCUCGCGGCCGCUGUAAGCCCGUCUGCAUGACGUUACCGGACGGAACUCAAAUUUUGGAGGGCGAGGUGUUGGAGCAGGAUGCUUGUCAUACUUGCCGCUGCUCUAAGAAAGAAAGGAUCUGCACUGGCCAGCCCUGUUCUACUGAGGCCACUCCCCCGCCAAUAGUGAUAACAACUCCUCACGACGAAGGCCUGAAGUGCGUCACGGGCUGGACGCCCUGGAUCAACCGCGGUCCACCAGAGACAACUGCGGAUGGACAUUCAGUCGAGAAGGAACCUCUACCCAAGUUCAAUGAAAUGCAAAUCGGGCAGCCAAUGUGCGGGAAACAGAACAUGACUCGCAUCAAAUGCCGCACUACAGUGAAUCACCAGACUCCCAAAGACACCGGUUUAAACGUAGAGUGCAGUUUAGAGAAGGGUCUAGUGUGCAAUGAGAUCGGGACCACGUGCCCGGACUUCGAGAUACAAGUGUGGUGCCAAUGCGAAGGGGAGGAUGAUGAAAGAGGUCGCUCCCUCCCCGAACCCACAAAACCGCAAAACGAGGAAGAAGGAGGGGAAGUCUUCCAAUGCCUAAACUCCAACCACCCGAACUACCCUCACCCCAGCGACUGCAAUAAAUUCUACGAGUGCACCCCAGAUAUGCUGAACCCUUCGAAACCUCACGCGGUUCUCAAGUCAUGCCCUCCAGGGCUCAUGUAUAGUAAGAAGCUGAUGGUCUGCGAUUGGCCCGCCAAUGUGAUUGUGGAUAGGCCCGAAUGUGGUUCAGCUACGUCAGCCACAACACACACUGCACCUACCACACCAUCCACGCCGACAACGCCGAGCCUCUGCCCUCCAGGACAGGUGUUCAAGAAGUGCGCGUACCCGUGCGACAGCCUCUGCGACCACUUCAAGAUGGCCGUCGUGAAGAAAGGACAGUGCAAGUUUGGAGAGAAAUGCAUUGAAGGUUGCGUGGACCAGUCGGUUGCUAAUAUAAAAUGCGAGUUUUCCUCGCGCUGGCGCGACGAGAAGACGUGUGUUCCGCUCAAAGAUUGCACUUGCGAUUAUGAAGGACAAGUUAUAAAGCCGGGUGGUGUAGUAGAUGAGCAAUGCAAGAAAUGCCAAUGCCUCGACAACGCCCUCCACUGUGACACCAGCGAAUGCGUCUCCGUCGCUCUACCCCCCGGGCCCUCGCACCUGCCCAUGAUAUUCCCGACGCCCGCCACUCGACCUACUGCAGUUACUACGACGGUGGCGCCUUUGAUUGUGAAGACCACGGUGUCGCCGCCGCCUGAAUGUAGCCCAGAGAGAUACAAGAAUCUACUGUGGCAAGGCGAGCCGCUGCCUGCCUCAUCUUUCAUCGCCAGUUCGGUCGCCAGCCAGCAUUUCGCACCGCAAUACGCCAAGCUCAACGGAAAGCCUGAAGGGGAUUCUGGAGGAAGCUGGCUCGCAGCCAACCAAGACACAGACCAGUUCAUCCAAGUGGAACUGCCCACCGCCCAACCGAUAUACGGCGUGAUCUUACAAGGCAGUCCGAUGAAUGACCAAUACGUGACCAGUUAUGAGGUCAUGUAUGGCGAUGACGGACACGUGUUCUCGUAUGCGGAGGGACCUAAGGGUGACCGACAGGUAUUCCGCGGCCCAGUGGACCACAUCGGCGCAGUAAAACAGAUGUUCACACCCCCCAUCGAAGCGAAGUUUGUCCGCAUCAGGCCUCUGACCUGGCACGAUAACAUCGCUGUACGCUUCGAGCUGAUUGGCUGUGGAGAAAUUACCACAACCACUACUACUACUGUUGCUACCACGCUCGAGCCUUUACAAUGCACGGAACCUCUUGGACUGGCAGCCGACCUGCCCACUGACAGCAUCGAAGUGAGCUCCAACAGCGAGGACAGGAAGUACUUCGCAUUGACUGGACAGAGGGGAUGGCGGCCGUUGUAUAGCACACCUGGGGAAUGGAUUAUGUUCGACUUUACUGCCCCGCGCAACAUAACGGGCAUCAAGACUAAAGGCGGCAUCAACGGCUGGGUGACGGCCUACACAGUCAUGUACACGUCCGACUUGUCCACUUUCCACCCGGUAGUGGACUCGUCCGGUGCGCCUGCGAUCUUCCCUGCCAACUUCGACAGAGACAGUGUGGUUACCGCGGAGUUCCGUCCGCCCAUACACGCGCGGUACUUGAAGGUGCUACCUGCCAAGUGGAAGGACAACAUUGAGAUGAGAGUAGAGCCUAUAGGCUGCUUUGAGCCUUAUCCGGUAACUACGACCACGCUCGCGCCCCUCCAGUGCACGGAACCCCUCGGGCUAGCAGCUGACCUCCCCAUUGAGAGCAUCGAAGUGAGCUCCAAAAACGAGGACAGGAAGUACUUCGCACUGUCGGGCCAGAGAGGAUGGAGGCCAUUAUACAGCACGCCUGGAGAAUGGAUCAUGUUCGACUUCACUGCCCCGCGCAACAUAACCGGCGUCAAGACCAAAGGCGGCGUCAACGGCUGGGUCACCGCCUACAACGUCAUGUAUACGUCCGAUUUGAGCACCUUCAACCCAGUAGUGGACGAUACCGGCGCAAUUAAACUGUUUCCCGCUAACUUUGACAGAGAUAGCGUUGUCACCGCGGAGUUCCGACCGCCUAUACACGCGCGGUACUUGAAGGUGUUACCGGCCAAGUGGAAGGAUAACAUUGAGAUGAGAGUCGAACCUAUAGGAUGCUUCGAACCUUAUCCGGCAACAUCUCCCAAACCCACGCUAUCACCAUUGAUCCCCACCACGGAGGCCUGCGUGCUCUGCCCUGGAAUACAGUCGGCCACUUGCGAAUGUCACAACGGUACUGCCAAGUAUUUCGACGGCGAUGGUUGUGUGACGCGUGACCAGUGCCCGUGUGUGGAAGGGUUUAUGACGUACGCCGUUGGUUCCUCAUUCCGGGGCACUAACUGCGACGAGUGUGUUUGCAAACUUGGUGGCGUGACGGACUGCAAGCCUGUCAAGGAGUGCAAGUGUGCUUCGGACCUAGUCCCAAAACUGACAUCCACCUGCGAAUGUAUCUGCGAGCCCUGUCCUGUUGGCACCAAGAUCUGCCCAACAAGCAAGUUCUGUCUGGACGUCAAGAAGUGGUGCGAUAGUCUCCAAGACUGCCCUGAUGAUGAGAGGGGUUGUUCCACCACUGCACCUUGGGUGAUGACAACAGUUGAACCUCCAGUGGUGACUACCAUUGUGGCAACUGUAGCUGCUACUCUACCUACCACUACCACCGUUAAACCUAUCGAAUGCGAAGAAGUAAAAUGCCCGCCCGGUUACCUAGUCCGCCUAAUCGCCUCCCGCUACACCACUUCAUCCACCUCCGAUCUGCCCCCACCACGUCCCCGACAGUCUUACAGGCGAUAUCAAACUGGAUAUGCUAAGGGAGGUUCUAGAGGUGGAUACGCGAAGGGUGGAUAUGCGAAAGGCGGAUUUACGAAGGGUGGAUACACGAAAGGUGGAUAUGGUGGCGGUUCUUCACAAUCCCAAAGCUUCACCCUCGACAAGGCGACCCUGCCAACGUCUGCACCCAACACCACCAAAGAAUGCCAACAGUUCCGAUGCAUUCCGAAACUACCUGCCCUCCGCCCCGGCGUCACCCGCGCCCCGCACAUCUGCUCCACCCCCGUCUGUCCGCCGGGAUACUCGCUGAGAUUGGAGGCUGUUGCUGUAGCCAACGAAUGCCCUCAAUACGGCUGCGUGCCUCCUCCAGAACGUCCCGUAUUUUGCAACGUUACGGGACGCACGUUCACCACCUUCGACGGCUCCGAGUACAAAUACGAUAUAUGCUACCACAUGCUGGCCCGCGAGACUACCUUCGGGGACUGGACUAUCAUCCUUCGCAAGAAAUGCCGCGUCGACGGUUGCUCCAACCACCUCCUAGUCAGCCAAGACGACCAGCUCAUCCUCGUGAAGCCCAACCUCAUGAUAGAGUAUGACAACUUCGAGUACACCGUCGAGCAAACCAACGAGAUAUGCUUCCAGAAGAACAGCUUUGAUAUCAGCAAGUUGGGGAAUGGUUUGGCGAUCAAGAGCAGGAAAUAUAAUUUUGUGGUGCUGUAUAAUACUGAUGGGGAUGUUAAAGUUGGGGUUUACAAAUCCCACCUGAACCACGUAGACGGUCUCUGCGGCUUCUACGACGGUAUCGCCUCCAACGAUCGCCGAAUGCCCAACGGUGGGCAAGCGUCCAGUGUGGACGAGUUUGGACGAAGCUGGGCUAAACCCGGACUAUCACCAAAGGCUUGUGAGACUAAAGUCAUCCCGCCUGAGAAGCAGAAGCGAGCCUGGGACUUGUGUGACGUCAUUACCAAAGAACCUCUCUCGAAAUGUGCAAAGGUCCUCAACCUGGACUUAUGGCGCAACAUCUGCCUGGAGAAGCUCUGCAAAUGCACAGAACUGAUGGUUGACGGCAAACAACGUACUGAGGAGGAGUGCCGGUGUCUCCUGGUUGAGAAAAUGGUGGCGGAGUGUCUAGCAGCUGAUAAGGACUUGGAUAUUGCGGCGUGGAGGAUGAAUUUGAACUGUCCCGCUGACUGCCCAGCUCCUCUUGUCCACUACGACUGCUACAGCAAGACCUGCGAGCCAACAUGCUCGACGAGCAGCAACCGACAAACAUGCUCCUCGCAGCCCGGACAAUGCUUCCCUGGUUGUUACUGCCCUCAAGGAAAACUCAGAAAGGGGGAUAAGUGUGUUACACCACAGGAGUGUUUGGACUGUAACUGCCAUGGUUUAGGCUCACCGGCCCAAUACACCACGUUCGAGGGAGACGACAUGCCCUGCCUCGGCAACUGCACUUAUCUCGCUUCUAGAGAUAGGAACGAAACGGGACAACAUAAGUACGAGGUUUACGCUACUAACGGACCUUGCGAAGGAAAAGCCACCGCUACCUGCACCAAAUCAGUGCACGUCAUUUAUGAAAAGAACGUCAUCCAUGUCACCAAGGAUCCUGUCACUAACAAGCUGGUGACCAGUUUCGGCAACAGUGUAAUAUUCAAGUACCCCGUGAUAAAAGAGUGGGUGACCGUCAGCAUUAUCAACAAACAAGACGUUGUUGUGAAGCUACACGACGCGUUUAUGGAGCUAAUGGUGUUGAAUGCCAAGAUGGAGUUUGGCAUCCGCGUGCCUUCACACGUGUACGCGAAUGCUACGGAGGGCCUGUGUGGUGUCUGCGCUGGCUACCAGGAAGCAUUAGUCACUAGCAACGGCACUCUUACAGGCGAUUUUGAACUGUACGGCAAGAGUUGGCAAGCCACCCCGACCGCCCUCUCUACCCUGGGCAUGUCACCGCAAGACCAGUGCGACCAGCCACCGCCACCAGAACCCGAGUGUGUACCGCCACCAGCCGACCAGAACGUCUGCUACAAUCUGUUCGACAAGGACAAGUUUGGACAGUGUCAUGCGUUAGUGGAUCCACAGCCGUUCUUAGAUGCAUGCGAAAAGGACAUCUGCGAAAAUGCCACAGACCUAUGUUCAACACUGGAGAACUAUGCCAGCGCCUGUCGCAGACAGGGAGUAUGUCUUGACUGGAGAGGUACACUCUGUCCCAGCACUUGCCAAGAACCGUUCGUGUACCGCCCGUGCGUGGAUUGCGAACGCACUUGCGAAAAUCAUGACGAAUUUAAAAAAGAUCCCAAGAAAUGCGACAAGAAACCUGUGGAAGGCUGCUUCUGCCCUGAAGGCAAGGUUCGAGUAGAGAACAGUUGUAUAGAGCCAACGAAAUGUUUCCCUUGUGAUGCCAACAAGGAACACUACGCAGGAGACGAGUGGCAAGAAGACGCGUGCAGUAAAUGCACAUGCAGCAAGCUGGAGGGCGAGCGCGUCGCGCACGUGUCGUGCACGAAAAUGACGUGCUCCGUGCCCGUGUGCGCGCAAGGAGAAGAACUCCUCACUACACCACGACCUGGCGCUUGCUGUCCGGAGUACUUGUGCGUACAAAAACCUCAAGCAUUGUGUGAGGAGCCUAAGAAGAUGGAAUGUGGAUACGGCCAAAUACUUAAGCAGAAAACUACGCCUAGCGGAUGCAAGGAGUUUGCCUGUGAAUGUAAGCCGGCGAGCGAAUGCGAACACAUCCCAACUGACAGCGAGGUGGAAAUCAUGCCGGGCAUGCAACGCAUCAUUGACAAUUCUGGGUGUUGUCCGAAAGCACAACUACUCUGUCGGCCGGACACGUGCCCCGCGCCCGUGUCGUGCCCGCCGCACCACACACGUCGUGUCGUUAAUAUAACGGGAGGUUGCUGUCCGGAUUACAAAUGUGAACUGCCCGCGUACAAAUGCUUGGUGACUCUAGAGUGGGAGGCGGCACCCAAAGGGGGAGAAAAGCCACGUUCUACACCGCAAACUAUGCUGAAAGAUCUGGAGUCAGUUUGGCUCGACGGCCCGUGCCGCUCGUGCCGCUGCGAGCCGUCCCGCUCCCCCUCCCCCUCCCCCGCCGCCCCCGCCCCGCGCUGCGCGGUGACGGAGUGCCCGCCGCUGGGCGCGGGCGCCGGCGACGUGUUCGUGCUGGAGCCGCGCCCCGUGCCCUUCGCGUGCUGCCCCGUCUCCGCGCAAGUCGCGUGUCGGGCCGGUGACACCGUCUAUAGAGUGGGCGAAAACUGGACGAACCCGCACGACGUAUGCGAGUCAUAUCAGUGCGUACAAAUAGAGGAUGGCAAAUUAGAGAAGGUCACAACCGUGCAGACCUGCCCUACUGAUUGCGAACCGGGUUGGAAGUACUUCCCCGCCGAGCCUUCAAGCGGACAGUGUUGCGGCAAGUGCAAGCCAGUAGCUUGCGUGUGUACUGGCGUUGAACGGCCUAUCGGUACGACGUGGCAGUCUCCGGACCUGUGUACUAACUAUACUUGUGUGUUGGCUGACGGCAACCUGCAAGUCCAAACGUCAAAUGAGACCUGCCCAGAGGUCCCCGUGGCCUUGAGGAAGCAGUUCGUCCUGAAAGAGGAGAAGCCGGCGGGCAAGUGCUGCAAGACACAGGAGCCUGUUGCUUGCCGAGUGGGAAAUGACAUUUAUCAGGAGGGUCAAACAUGGCAGUCUCCAGACCCGUGCAAGAACUUCACAUGCGCACGUGACGGUACUGGCAGACUGGCGCACUCGCCCAAUGUAGAGACUUGCACGACGACAUGCAAGCGAGGCUGGAAAUAUGUGAAGCCAGCGCCUGGCGUCUGCUGCGGCCAUUGUAAACAGGAGCAGUGUGUGGUGGAAGAUGAGUUGAAGGACGCAGGUUCAGUCUGGAAGUCCGCUGACAACUGCACAACGUACACCUGCGAGCGCAGCGGCGACGACCUGCUGAUGACGUCAUCGCGCGCGCCGUGCCCCGACGUGACGUCAUGCGCGCCGGAAGACCUACUCGACGAGACCUGCUGCACGGUGUGCAAGGAAAAACCCGCUGCACUUAAAACAUGCUACCCGGAGGAAAUACCCCAAUCGGAGACAGUGGGCCUGAUCCGCGUGACACUGCGACCCCAUGGCGCGUGCGCAAACGCUGCUCCCGUGCCAGGCUUCCGAGAAUGCCGCGGGUCAUGCCAAUCCGGCACACUGUACAACAACCAGACCGGCAGCCACGACUCCCAGUGCGAAUGUUGCCAGGCGACAAAAUACACCAAAGUGACGGCAACUUUGAACUGCGAGGACGGCAGCACGCAGCCCCACGUCGUCGCGUCGCCGCUGCAGUGCGGGUGUCGCGCGUGCGGGACUAGCGUCGCCAACUACCCUAACACCGGGUAUGGAGUCAAAAACGGAGUUAAAACGACGCAAAAUCGCGAUGAGUACGACUACGAUAUCCCAGAGAUCUACGCGAGAAUGGCGCCCGAGUCUCGCAGAUAGAUACCACGCCGAGAAUCAGAGAAUCACACUAGAAUGAGGGCUAUCGUUUUUUUUGCUCACCAGUUGGCGCCUCUGUUGAUGGUGGUCCAAAAUACUAAAGAACAGCUGUCAGUCAUUGAAGUGACAAGUGACAUUUCGAACUGCGAAGACCACCAUCCACACUAGCGCCCCUAGAGGCGAAUUCAUACGCGUUAGCCCUCAUUCCCUGCCAGCCGAGAAUUAUCAGGGAAUGAGAAAUGAUAAACAAAGGUUUAAUAACAAUUUAUAUUUAAGUGACAGAUAUUGAUCACAUGUAUUUUUGUAAAUAAAACAUUUAAUUUUA